UUAGUCCAAUAGUCCUUCAUGCGUCUUUUCUCGGAUCUCCUUUUCAUUUCUUCUUGGUCCUCAGCUUUAAAACCCUUGUUCUUGAUGAGUUGUUUUCAUCUCUUCCAAAUUUAUUUCUUCUCUUGCUACUCUUCUGAUUGCACAUUGUUCCGCACUAUUUUCCGCGAGAAAGGUGGAUCAGGUGGAAAUUCCCAUGGAAGCUAAUAAUUCAAACUGGAAGGGACCAUGCUACAGAAGAUUGCAGGAACUGUUGAAGAAACGGUUCAUUUCAUCAGUCAAUCAUGUUCCAAUUGGCGUUAUUGAUGACACCAUGAGUUAUCAACUAUACAACGCUGUUCAUGAUGAGAAUGAAGAUGUAAGUAAAUUUCUAGACGUCUUGGAGAGAGUAUGUACAGGAAAACGACUUGAUUGUUCCACCGUCUUACAUCAAGCCACUCACACGGGUGAUUCGUUGCUCCAUGUUGCAGCUGAACACGGGAGAACAAGGAUUGCAGAGCUGCUUAUUGAUAAUAAUUUUUUGCUGAUUGUGACAAACGCAAGAAAAGACACAGCGCUUCAUGUUGCUGCAAGAGCCAAGAAUAUUGAAGUGAUGAGAGUCAUCUUAUCCAAAUUUGACGAUGCAAGCAGUAAGGAUAACUUUAUUUUGUUACCCAAUAAGUCUGGGAAUAGAGCUCUGCACGAAGCUAUUCUGAGCAAACAUCGUGAGGGGUUUGAGUUCCUUCUAAGUGAACAAAGUGAAAGUACUUGGCCACUCUAUUGGGAUACCCACCCAGUAGACUCACCAAUAUAUGUGGCAGUCCAAACUGGGGAUGUUGAAAUUCUCCGUUGUCUCUUGCAGAUUCCGUUUCCUUCAGACCGGGACAUUUACAAGAGUCAGGGAAAUUCUCCACUUUUUGCCGCCAUAAUAGAACGCAAUAUUGAUUUUUUGAAGGAGAUAGUAAACAACAAAGAAGAGUUGAUGUUCCUGACAGAUGAAAAUGAAAACACACCCUUUCAUUUUGCAACAUUCAUUGGUUACGUGGAAGGUGUUCGUCAACUUUUGAACAAAUCCACCCUUGUCGCCUUUCAACGAAACCAACGAAGUAAUCUUCCAAUUCACUUUGCUUGCGCUAUGGGCCAUGUUCGGGUGGUUGAAGAAUUGCUACGCGUACAAGGGCCUUGUACCAGUUUCUGGCUCAAUAAGAAAGGUCAAAACAUUCUUCAUGUUUCUGCAAUGUGCGGUCAAAACAAGAUGGUAAAAUACCUAUUGAAACACCCAAAGAUCCAUUCCAAAACUAUUAAUGAGAAAGAUCUAAAUGGAGACACCCCACUGCAUCUGGCUUCAAAAUAUUUGCAUGUUUGGACUCUAUUCCAUCUAUCACAAGACAAGAGAAUAAAUGUGAACCUUGUAAAUGACCAAGGUUUGACAGCUAGAGAUAUUGUCCGAAGGCAGAGUAAAUUUCCAAGGACUCGUAUAGAGUUUGUAGCAUCCAAGAUUUUAAAAUUUGCUGGUGGCUCGCUUAAACAAAUUAAGCGGGGACCAAAACCUGUGGCCAAUAAAGAAUGGAAUGUGAACGAUGGGGCCAACACACUCAUAAUUGUGGCCGUACUGGUAGCUACGGUGACAUUUGCAGCUGGUUUCACAGUACCAGGUGGAGUACACAGUUCGGAUGACUCAGUCCCUAAAGAAAGAGGCAUGGCGGUGUUGACAGAUCAAACCCUGUUCAAAAUAUUUAUGACUUUCAACACCAUUGCUAUGUAUUGCUCCACUUUCGGUUCUAUUAUUCUUCUUUGGAGGCACCUGGGUGAUCGUCGACUUUCAAUACGAGCGUAUCGUAUCUCUAAAAUUUUUGUCCAACUGGCUCUUGGAACCAUGCCAGUGGCAUUUAUGGCCGCCAUACGUUUGACUGUCAGUAAUAAUAGCUUGCUUGCAGAUCUUACAAGUAUCAUUGCGUUCAUCUUCAUUUCCCUUAUACUACUACUUCGCAUUUUAGCAUGUUUUCCUUUUGGAAUGCACCUUCCAGUUUUCUAUCAAGUUAGAAAACUUCUUCUUUGGAUUAUUAUUAUUUUAUUAUGUGGGACUAAGGAUGGUAGAGUUUAUGAUGUUGAUGAAAUCCAACAAGACGAUGAAGCCGGUAGGGCCAACACAGUCAACGCCACGCAAGGGAAGAACCGUGUCACAUAGCGUCCCUUGUGCCGAUGAUCACCCUGGUAUUAUUGUAGAACCCAGUCGAUGGCUUUCUCAGUAAUUAGGUAAUUAAAGUUUUGGUCAACUCUUCAGUUCAUUUUGUUUUGGAUACAUUCCUCAAUAUAAGAAGGCAUUCCAAAUUAAAAAUGUUCUUUGGUCAGAACAUCAGCACAGCAAGUUUGAAGAGAGAGUUGAGCUCACAAUCAAGUAUCUAGUCCAAUUAUUGUGAAUAAUAGUAAACUUUUUUAUUAACAGUUGAAGUUAAAAUAUUUAGGACAUUUCGUUUUAUCAUUUAUCGUUUUUAAUUAUUUAGAUACACUUUCUUGUGUAAUUUUGUAGAAUAUCUAUUAUUCUUAU